GAAUCGAUAUGGUGAAGAACUCUGCGAGGUAUUUGGAAAUACAAGAGGAACGCAAGAAGCUACCAGUAUGGGUACACAAAGACGAGUUUCUCCAAGCUUUGAAAGAAAAUCAGAAGGUGAUACUGGUGGGUGAUACGGGCAGUGGUAAGACAACACAAAUCCCACAGUUCGUUUUAGAAGCUGUGGUCAAUGAAAACCCUAAUCCUGGUGGGACUGCAAGGUUGGUUGGGUGCACGCAGCCUCGUAGAGUUGCAGCGAUGUCUGCGGCCCGCCGAGUUUCUGAAGAGAUGGAUACAGUGAUCGAUGAAGAAGUCGGUUGCACUGUCCGUUUCGACGAUUGCAGCAGCUCCAGAACCGUGCUCAAGUACCUGACCGAUGGAAUGCUUCUGAGAGAAGCACUGGUGGAUCCGCUCUUAUCAAAAUACAAAGCGAUCAUUCUGGACGAGGCCCACGAAAGAAGUAUAGCCACGGAUUUGCUUUUUAGUAUUCUUGAAAAAGCCUUGACUAGCCGGCCUGCUCUUAAGCUGGUUGUGAUGAGUUCAACCCGAUACGCCCACGAGCUCCGCCACUAUUUUAGCGGUCAUAAUGUGCCUCUCAUCAAAGUCCCAGGUAGGCUCCAUCCAGUGGAGAUCGUUUAUACUCGAGAUCCUGUGACGGACUAUCUCGAGGCUGCUGUACGCAAAGUUAUCCAGAUUCACAUGUGUGAGCCACCUGGUGAUGUUCUUGUUUUCCUAACCGGGGAAGAAGAGAUUGAAGAUGCUUGCAGCAGGAUCUUCCAUAAGCUCGGAGAUCAAGUCAAAGUCGUGCCACUGUAUUCCUUCCUCCCGCCUGCCAUGCAACAGAGGGUUUUCGAUCCCACACCACAUCCCGUGAGAAAGAUUGUCGUCUCCACCAACAUUGCAGAGACUUCUCUACCCAUCGACGGGAUUGUUUACGUCGUUGAUCCUGGUUUCUCCAUGCAGAAAUACUACAACCCGCAAACUCGUCUAGACUCCUUGGUGGUGUCCCCAAUAUCCAUGGCAAGUGCUGACCAGAGAGCACGUCGUGCCUGUACAACAGGGCCUGGUUUAAUACCGGCGGUUCCUGAGAUGCUUAGAGCAAACCUCGUAAACACAGUUCUGGCCUUGAAAAGGCUGGGUGUGAAGGACGUGUUAUCCUUGAACUUUAUGGAUCCUCCUUCCCAGAAGACCCUCGUUCGAGCCUUGACGGAUUUGUUUGACCUGGGAGCAAUGGACGAUGAAGGUAACUUGACAGAGAUAGGCGAGAUGAUGAGUCUGGAGGUCUAAUCAAAGCUGAUUUAAUCGAGAUGUUAGCCCCUUCGAAUGUACUAUUGUUCCUGAUUUUCUGAUAUUUUAGAUACUUAACUUCAUUAUGUACAUGCUUAACAACAAAUUUUAAAUAAUAUUAGCCAAAA